ACAAAUUGUUGUUCAAGUGCUAUCACCGAGCAUUUUUUAAUCCAAAGUAGAACUAGCAAAAUUUCCCUCUCUCAGUUGUAAAAAAAAUUUUUACUUGUGAAGAAAUGUGAAAGAAGUUCUUGUUAAUUCCGUGUUCAUUUUCUUAACAUUAUAAAAGUUCUCAUGAAUAAAAUUUAUUUAUUGAAAAUAAAAACUAAAUGAAAAAACGCCCAACAUUUAUAAAAAAAAACAAUAAGAAAAUAAAUAAAAAACUGAUAUUGUGUAAAGUGUUUAUUAAAGUGUCGGAAAGAUUUUUGGCCAAGAAAACAGCUUGAAUCGAUUUUUAGCAAAAAAAAACAAUAUUGGUUAAAAACAACAAUAAAUUUUUGUAAAGAAAGUGACCGAAAUCAUAACUGGGUCAUUUUAAUCAAGGCAUAAAUAAAUAAACAAACAAAAAUUGCAUAUACAUAUAUAACGGUUGCAAACAAUUUGUCAUAAAUUAUUAUUAACAAAUUGUAUGACUAACGAAUCUCUAACGUACUAGAGUAAUUUAAAUAAAAAUAUCAUCAUCAACAUCCAUAAAAAAAUUGAAAUUUAACAUUUCAAUUUCAAUUAUAACCAAAAGAACACAAAACAAAAAAAAAAAACUUUAAUUAUUAUCAAGGAAUUUGCAGAUCUUUUAAAGUUUUCAUUUCUUUAUUCUACAUUUUGUAAUUAUUAUUUAAACAAAUAAAAACACACACCCUGCAAUGGCAUCAUCCUCCAUACUCGCCAACAAUCCAGUUACAACACAUAAAACACCAACGUUAAUAAACGGUUCUAAUUCAACUGCUGCAACAGCUACAGUUACAACACGCAAAAGAACAUACGAAGCAGCUUUAAACAAUCCUUCAUCUUCGUCGUCGUCUCUUAACACAAACUUGUCACAGUCGCCAAAUUUUGAUAUUGCCAAAGAACAAUCUAUGUUGCCUCCCUCGUCACCAGCUUCUGUAACCGAUGAUUUGAUAUCGAUUAAAGUGGAUGGCCCUUCGGACGGCACCAUCACUAAAGAUUAUACACGCACAAUUUCACAAAGUGAACCUGAUGAUGGUGAGGGUGCUGCAGCAAUUUUGGCAGUGGAUACUGCAGCUACAACUAGUCCUGUUAAAAAGAAAUAUGCUCCACCAAAAAUCAUUCAACAAAAUGCAAGUUGCAGUUCGGAUAUAAUGACUAUUUGCAAACCUGCACCAUUUUCCACCGAUGAAGAGGCUGUACGUGAACGUGAUCGCUGUGAUUAUAACUAUAAGAUAACGUAUCAAAUGGCCCGCAGCGGUCAAACCUCUAGAAGAGUACGUGUUUAUGCUGAUGGUAUCUAUGAUUUAUUCCAUCAAGGUCAUGCUAGACAAUUAAUGCAGGCUAAAAAUAUUUUCCCUAAUGUCUAUUUGAUUGUGGGUAUUUGCAAUGAUGAACUCACCCAUGAAAUGAAGGGACGCACAGUUAUGAAUGAUUUUGAACGCUAUGAAGGCGUACGUCAUUGUCGUUAUGUUGAUGAGAUUAUUCCAAAUGCUCCUUGGACUUUGAAUGAUGAUUUUAUUACUUCAAACAAAAUUGAUUUUGUUGCUCAUGAUGACAUUCCAUAUACCGGCGAUGGAGUUGAUGAUAUUUAUGGUUGGUUAAAGGCUAAAGGCAUGUUUGUGGCAACAGAACGUACUGAAGGCGUCUCUACGUCAGAUAUUGUUGCUCGUAUUGUUAAAGAUUACGAUUUGUAUGUACGUCGUAAUUUAGCUCGUGGCUAUUCGGCUAAAGAUUUGAAUGUAUCAUUUCUAUCCGAAAAGAAAUUCCGUUUACAAAAUAAAAUGGACGAACUUAAAGAUCGUGGACGUCGUGAAUUGACUAAAGUCAAGGGUGAUAUCAUAACAAAAUGGGAAGAAAAAUCACGUGAAUUUAUUGACGCUUUCCUAUUACUGUUCGGACGUGAACGUCUUAAUCAUUUGUGGAACGAAUCGAAGGGAAAAUUAAUACAAGCCCUCAGUCCACCUGGUAGUCCAAGUGGUUCAGUAAAUGGUGAUUACAUCGACUUUGACGAUGAUGAAGAUGAUGAGGCUCUCGAUGAUGAUGGUGUUGCAUCAAGGGGAUCAAGUGAUAAUGGUCCUGAGGUAAAUAUUCAUAUGGAACAUUCACCGCGUGGUAGACGUACUUAUCAUCGACGUGUCGUCGAUAGUCCAACAACGUUACGUAGAAAUGAUCAGUAUUCGCCGGACGAAGACGAUGAUGAUGAUGAUGUAGAAUUUGAGCGUAGAAGUAAUUAAAUUGUUUAAAAACUAUUAUACCAUUAUAAAUGGAUGGCUGCUUAACAAAACAAACAAAGAAACAAACAUACAUACAUACAUAAUUGUGUAGAAACACUUAUAAUUAUUGUACUGUAGCGGGUAUAAGAAACAAGCAACAUUUAAGAAGUUUUAAUUAUAAUAAUGGUAAACAACAAAAGAAGAAGAAGCAAAUCUUUAUUGAAUAAGAGAGUUUAAACAAAAUUUAACCAAUCUAUUUAAAAUAUUUAAAUAUAAUAUAACAUAUGCCUUUUUUUAAAGAACUAACUCAUCGUCGUUAUUUAUUUAGAAAAUGAAAAUAUUCACACAAACAAACACUACCUAAUUACUACUUCUACUACUAUUAUUACUCCACCUCAUCAUCAUACCAUUUAAAUUACAAAUUACUUUAAUUUGUAAUUUGUAUUGAACACAUAGAAUGUUUAAAAUGAAUAGUUAUUGGAUAUUGUUAUGUAUGUGAGUAUUGUAUUUAUAAAAUACAAAUCAUGUUUUAAAAGAAACAAUUGCAAAAGGUAUUUUUAAAAAUUUAGAAAAAGGCCUACAACUACAACUUAAAAAUUUAACAUUUUAUACGCUUUUAGCUGAAAAUCCUUUUAAUUCUAUUUGUAUUUUAUAGAUUUUUUUAUUAGCAAAUGCAUUAUUAGUUUUUUUUUUUUUUUUUGUAAAUCUUAAUUUUUCUGCUUCCCUUUUUAAUCUUAGUAUAUUUCUAAAUAUUUUUUUAAUUUAUUAUAAUUUUUUCCUUUAUUUAUAAUUUAAUUUAAUUAUAAUUUACUUAUAAACAAUUUUACAGAUUUCAUGUUGCUCUUAAACUAUUAUUUGUUAAAAUCGUUUCCUAUAUAUAUUUUUUAUAAUUUGUUUAUUUAAAUAUAAGAAACAUACUACUUACUAGCAGCCAUGCUGUUGUUCAAGAGCUAUAAAAUAAGAAAUUAUCAUUUCUUAAGUAAAUUAAUAUUAAAAUUUAUGUAUUUGAAAAAAAAAAAAAAACAACCACAACAAGCAUGGCUACGACGUUUGUGUAAAUAGUUUUAAUAAAACAAUGAAUGUAUUGAAAUCUCAUUAUUAUGAGAAUUUUUUUUAAUUACAAAACAAAAUUCCCUUUGAAAAUUCAUUAAUAAAAAGUAACAAAAUCAACUACAUAUACAAAAACCAAUUGAGAAAGAACAUGAAUAUUUUGUAAUAUAUUUUGGACUUGCUUUGAAAUUCAAUAAAAAAAGACAAAUUCUUAUACAAAUUGAAUUUAAUUUU